UAAAUUACUUUGUAAAAUGCAUUAAAAUAGAAACCAGUUAUUUUGAUUGUAACAAUAAUUAACUAAAUUAAUAUUUUUACUAAAUCAAGCCUUGGUGUGAAUAAAAAAAAAAAGGAAUAAAAACAACUUAUAUUCGAUUGGCUCAAACUAGCACAAACUUCACAAUCACAUCAUAAACAUUGUCCUGGGUUGUUUUCACAUUUCUUUAACAAACAGACCUGUGCCAUUUUUAUUAAGCAAAUAUCACACCAUAUAAGUUGUAAUCCUUCAGGUUCAAGAGCUGGAAAUGGUUUCAGUAGUUUGAUACCUUUUUUAUAUUUUUCUAAACCGUAAGGCAGAGUAGUGUAGUCACUGAGGACACGACUGAGGACACACACUGCUGUGUCAUGUUGUGUAUGUUUAUAUGAGCUGUCUCUCGUGUUAAUGGCAUUCGGUGGGCAUGUACUGUCAAAUAUAAUCAUGCAGUGCUUAGCUGUGCUCAAAUUCAGCCACAUGUGGUGUGUGUGGGGAACAGGAGUUCGGGGUCAGAUACAUACGAACACAUACCUUUGUGCCAGGUCAUUUAAUCUUGAUCCAUCUGUAUUAAUCCAUCUGUAUUCUCAAAGCUUUGCUAAUAUAAAGAGUGUUUGCGUUUCAGAAAGCAUAAGCCCAUCCUCAGACAGCUGGCUUCCAAUAUAAGCACAGGAGGAUUGUGGAUAAAGGGAUUCAUCUCCACAAAACAUACAGUAUGUUUUCCAUAUACUUCAGUGACAUUAGUGAUUUUCAUUCAUUAAGUGCAAGUUUCACUCUGUCCCAAAAUUGUUAAGUGAUACAUCCUUUUUAGUGAUACAAUUCUGAAAAUGUACUUUGACCAAUCUGGUUCUAGACUUUGAUGCGGACACAUUAUCACUUAUUGUGCUGUGCUGUUUUGUUUUGGCUGUAAUUGUACCCAUAAUUUGAUGUCGUUACCUAGUGCCAUGGUUUAAUCAGGUCAACAUAAUAGUAGUUAUUAAUAGUUACUAUUAUGCCAGGAAAUAUAAAUAACUCUGUGAUCUAUAUCCUUCAGAUCAAAAUUGAUGAUGCUCAGUCAUCUCAUACACACACUUCACAGAAGUGUACAUUUGUGGCUUUUCAGCCUGGAGCAUUCACAGAUAUUAAUAAGAGGUCAUGAAAAUUCUCUAUACAUUUUCUAGCUUUCCUCAGCCCUGAAAUAUUUUUUUCUUCAUGAGCUAAAAUCCUAAAAAAUAGCUGAAGGAAAGGUCAUUGGCCAAACAAUUUAGGAACCCUGACAACCUUUUAGAUUUUCUCUUUUCUUCAGAAAACAUGCAUAUUUUUAUUAUAUUUAUUUUUAUUUUUUGAUAGGAGUGAACCUAAACAUACAUAUAGGAAACCUUAAUUUCUGUGUGUGUGUGCUGUUUGAAAGUGAGAUGAAUCUUCAUUAUCAUCUACUGUAUGUUCUGUUAAUAUCUGUAAUGUCUUUAAGAUGGAUUAGCUGUAAUACAUUCAUUUACAUGCACAUGAAACAGGAUGCAUGGAAAACUUACGUAAUUUACCCCAAAUGUGUAUGUUUUAUUUGUUUAGAAUCACAUUGUGAAUGUCAUAGGUCUGUAGGUUUAUCUUGUAGUUUUUGUAUUUUAUUUAUGUCUAAAUCAUUAGGCAGAUUAUUAGUGAUCAUGUUUCUAAGCAUUUCUAAAAGUGAACUGUUCACAAUGUGUAACGCUUUUUAUUUGCAAAAUAUUAUUUCUCAACACACGCGCCACUGUGUCACAGAUACUAAUCCGUUUUUUCUUUGUUAACCCAGUUAUCCCUGUCCAUUUAUUUGUUGUAUUCAUUCAUUCAUUCAUUCAUGAUCAUAAACAAACAAAAAAAAAAACCGUUAUUCAAUUUCCUAUUGCUUUCAAUCUAAGAAUAAGGGAAUGAAAAGAACAUUGUGUGUGAAUACAACACCUAAACAGAAUCAUGUUAAAAAUAGGAAAUAGUAUAAACAUGGUGAUGAGAAACAAUAUUUUAUUUAUUAUUUUCCUAUGUUUUUAAUGAAUUACAUAGAUCAAUAUGUGUAAAUGAAUGACUAUUGUACAGAAUGGCUGAAUUAUUUUGCGUGUUCUGAAUAAAUCAGCCGAAAUUGUUGUAGCAUGAAUAUAAUGUGUCAGAGAGAUGUAACCUGGAUAAUUGGUUUGAAUUACAGCUGUAAAAUAAAUGUGAAGGAAGCUAAAGAAAACAUCUGUGUUGAUUAUUUGUGUAAAUAAUGACCUAAAAAAGGAAAAUUGCAAUGUUGCUUUUACAGGGAUAUAAAAUAAAGUUAGAAUAUUAAACCAAAAACAUUUAAGUAAAAGCAAGAGCGUAAUGAAGUUAAGUGUGUAAAAGUGUGUGUGUGUGUACACACAUACACAUACAUAUACACACACAUAUACAUAGUGAAAUAUUGCAAUUUUAUAAUGGAUGUUUUUGUCUUAAAGUCUCAAGCACACACAAACACCCUCUCGCUUUCCUUUAAUACUGUAGCUGUUCUGGCAUUAUUGACUUGUUAGCUGUUUCCAGACCGAAGACAUGAAUGAUUGGAGUAACUGGAGAAGAGGCAUCAUCUCCGUUUCCCAGCAUUCCUCUGGCUGCCCGAUAUGGGCACGACUGAUCAAGGGUAGGGGGUGUCCCAGUGAGCCAGCAAGAAACCAGACACCUUCCCCCUCUCGCACAUGCACACAUACAUAUGUUCAGCUGCAAACCAGCACAGGUCCCAUCGCGCUGUUCAAGCACAGGGGCCUCGAGAGAAUGGACAUGAAGACGGUGGCGUCUCGUCUACUUGGCUGUGGUUUCACUCUCCGAUCUUAAUUCCCAGCGAGUGUGAGGUCAGCAGGGACACGCAGCUAUGUCUCUUCCACUGGAUAUAAGCUCUUACCACAAAGACCCCUCGAUGGGGACGCUGGAGAAACAACUCAUCUGUCCCAUCUGUGAGGAGGUCUUCACGAAACCAGUGGUCAUUCUGCCCUGUCUGCACAACCUCUGCCGCAAGUGUGCCAAUGAACUGUACCAGCCUUCUCUCUUCCAGGUAGGAAUCGGAGGACGUUUUCGCUGCCCUUCCUGUCGCCGUGAGGUUGUCUUGGACCGUCAUGGAGUUUAUGGACUGCAGCGCAAUUUACUUGUGGAGAACAUUAUUGAUGUUUACAAACAGGAGUCUGAAAGCUCUAGGCCUCCACCGAAGCCUCCUGCACUGUUCAACUGUACAGAGCAUGAAGACGAGAAGCUUAAUAUUUAUUGCCUCACGUGUCAGGUGACCUCCUGCUCUCUCUGUAAGGUGUUUGGGGCCCACAAAAACUGCCAAGUGGUUCCCCUGCCUGAUGUUUACCAGCAACAGAAGGCUGAACUCGGUGACAGACUUGCCACUUUGGUUUCCACAAAUGAAUGCGUUCAGUCAUUUGUUAAUGAACUAGAGGCACUCCACAGGAACAUAGAGGAAAACAGCAGAAUCCAGAAACAGAUUCUGUGCGAGAAGUUUGAUCGCUUAUCUGCCGUUCUGGAGGAACGUCGCAAGAUCAUGACCCAACAAAUCACUUCAGAGCAGGAAGAAAAGACCGGCUGGACCCAGUCUUUACUGCAGACAUACAAUGAGCAUGUAGACACAAACUCAAAGCUGAUCCAGGCAGCCCAGAAUGCCAUAGAGGACCCAGAGAUGGCUUCUUUUGUGCAGACCUCACAAGAUCUUAUUGAGAAGGUUGGCAAAGCAUCUAGCUGCUUCACUCAGGAGACCCUGGAUCCUGACUAUGAGAAGAUGGAUCACUACAGGGUGGAUGUUGAUGCAGAGGAGAGAGUUCUGUACCAGCUGGAUUUCAUGGAGAUUGAAGAAGUGGAGGAAACACCAGAUGAACCAGAGUCGGAACCCGAGUCUGAACCUGAAGUGCUGCUGACCACAGAAUCUGACCCUGAACCAGACCAGGAUCUGAAAUCAGAGGGUUCUGAGGCGAUGAGUCCCACGCCGGAGACAAUAGAGGACACUUGUGGGCAAGAAGACAGUUGUAGAGACAUCAGAAAAGUGUCUGAGAAGAAUGGUUUAAGCACUUCACAGAUUGUCACACUAGUGUUUUAUUUCCUGGGCUUCAUGGUCAUCCUCCAGCGAAUAUGGGGAAACAUUCAGGGCCUUGUUUUUAUAUAGCAGAGGUGAAGAGACAUAAUCGCCAGACUGUCUCAGCCACGAGCUCGGCACCAGAAGAACUGAGCCCUCCAGUGGUCACCAGUGAGAUGAUUCUUCUCUGUUUCCUCCAAAAUAAAACCAGAAGAUCAAAGAAUGAUGACUUGUUACCGGUCAGAAUGGGUUCUCCUCCUUUUUUGUGUUUGUGCAAAUAAUUAAAACCUUGUAUACACUUA